AUGGUACGGUCUGGCCUGGUUCAGCUGAAGAAAUGCAAUCUGGACUCAGUUCUUCAGCAGUGGAUCUGGAGGGACCAGAGUCUCCUGGAGCGUGUGGGGACCUCCAGGUGCCUGUCGGCCCACCACUCUGACCCCGUCCAGACUGUACCCUGUGAGGGGGUAGAGGAUGGGGGACAUAGGGGUGAUGGGGGGCUGCGGUGGGGGUGUGAGUUGAACAGGCUGAUCAGUCAGAACAGUUCUCUGGAGCUCUCCACAGACGGGAAACGACUGACGCUGUCCCACAGGAGCAAGCAGACCAAGUGGAGGUCUCUGGAUGAAGGGGAUAUAUGCCAGGAGAGGCUCAGAUCCAAAAGGGCAUCGAGCGAUCCCGAUGAGUUUGAGGUGAAACCUGCGGAAGAGCAGAAAGCGGGGCCUCCUGGUAUGACCGAUGAACAGAAAGAAUUCCUCAGAUGGUUCUAUCGCACUGAGGACCCAACUCCCUGGAAGUUUGCGAUGCUGUCUCUGUCCUUCGCUGCCCUUCUGCUGGGCUUUCUGCUUCUGGGAAUGGGCUCCAUGGCGAACAAAAACAGGAAUAAGAUAGCCAAGUACAAGGCAGCGGCUCUGGCCAUGAAGCCGGAGGCGGAAGAACUACAGGUCAUUGUCACGGAAGUUAGAGGUCAAAGAACUAACUCAGAGGUCGAACCCGUCAACAGUGCCUCUGUCCAGGUCAGUAUGAGCCAAUCUGUGAUCCCAGUGAGCCAGGCCAAGCCCCUCCAGGACAACGGGGAGGUAGAGGGUCUCAAACCGGGGGACAUUGUAGUGACCUGGAAUGACGGGAACGUGUCCAGCCUGUACCCCGAGACUGAGGGGGAAGUGGAGGUGUUGGCGGAGGUAGAGAAAGAGGAGGUGGUUGAGGUAGAGAAAGAAGAGGUGGUGGAGGAGGUAGAGAAAGAGGAGACAGCGGAGGGAGUGGUGGUAGAGGGAUGAAUGAGAGAGAUACAACAGCCACAUUUCUCAGUACUGCUCCUCUGCAGAGGCAGAACAGAAACUCCUAUUAAGGCAUAACUGUCAUUUUAAGUUGUUUUAUUUUUACCUGUAACUUAAACAACCACUGUCUGUUUAGUUACUGUAAUGCCCUUUUUACACUACUUUGCUGAGCCAGACCGUACUGUGCUGGCUCAGAUAUUUUAUUGGUGGAUGCGUAACCAUGCCAGCGCAGUACAGCUUGACUUGGCUCAGUAGUGUGAAAAGGGUAUACAACUACUACAAAUAAUGCUGUGUACAAGAUGUGCAGUAUCACAGUCAUCAUUCACAAGUACUUUGGAAUAUACAUCUACUGUAAACAUUGCUGGCCGUCAAAACAUCGCAACCAACUAUUUGAGAUACCAAAUAGUUUGUAAAUGUUGUUUUUUGGUCAUGAAGAAGUGCAACGUGUUGUUUAUAGUGUAGUGAACAGUUUUCCUAUGUCACUUGACAGUAUGUAGGAACACGUAUAAACCAUGUGUCAUAAGCUAUUCAAAUGUAGUCUACUUGGGAAACACUAAAAGGCAACUAAACAUGGUCUGAGAUAACAUUAAGAUUGGAAGAUCAAACUUCUCUUUAUACAUCUCUUUUGUAAUUCUAUUUUUAAAGUCUUUUUAGUUAUAAUGCUGGACACCAGGAAGAUUAGCCGACGUCAUGGCAUCAGCUAAUGGGGAUCCUAAUAUAAUCCAAACUCUAAUAAUCUUGUUGUGAGUAUAGUGGAAAGCUCUUGUGAGAGAGUAUUCACAUAUAGAUGUUUUGGACAGAAAACAGAAUUCAGUGGGUUAACUUUUGUCAUCAUACCACCUCUCCAUAUGUAAGAUAGAUUUUCAUUGUGUUAUAAAAGCAUUCCACUAAUUGCAGUAUUUACAAUAAGGAAAUAAAACUGUUCAUAUCAAAA